AUUCAAUACUAUUUAUAAAGGCUUUAAAAGACUAGAUUCCAAAGCGGAAAGCAUAAAGAAUUUGUAAACAGUUGUUCAAUCUGUGCUGUCAGCUGCUUGUUGAAUGUCAAUUUCUUCAUCUAAAAAGUUUGAUUAAAAAGUUGAUUUAGCAACACGUGAAUUUUUUUUUCUAGUUUCAUUAUUAAUUGAAUUUUGAAUAAAAAGAUUAAUGGCUGACGAAGCGGUAUUUGAUAAGAAAAAGGCGCAUCGGGCCAAACUCUCUGGCAGAAAAGCUGAGAAAAAGAAAAAGAAAAACCAAGUAGAUCAAUCUAACCUAAGCGCGCGGCAAAGAAACCCCAAAGCGUUUGCAAUACAAUCAGCUGUUAGAGCCGAAAGGCAGUUUAGGAGACGAGAAGAUGUUAUUGCAAAGAAGCAACACAUCCCACAAGUGGACAAAACUCCUUUGGACCCUCCCCCAAUUGUUGUUGCGAUUGUAGGCCCCCCUAGGGUCGGAAAAACCACUCUUAUUAAUAACCUUAUCAAAAGUUUCAUCAAAACGAACGUAACAAGCACCAAUGGACCGAUAACAAUAGUGACUUCUAAGAAACGCCGUAUCACUUUAAUCGAAUGUAAUAACGACAUAAACUCGAUGAUAGAUAUAGCAAAGUGCGCUGACCUAGUGUUGUUACUCUGCGAUGCAAGCUUCGGCUUUGAAAUGGAGAUUUUUGAAUUUUUAAACAUCUGCCAAGUUCAUGGUAUGCCUAAAAUUAUGGGAGUUUUAACACAUUUAGAUAUGAUAAAGAAUGCAAAAAAGUUGAAGAUGACCAAGAAAACUUUAAAACAUCGUUUCUGGACGGAGGUUUAUUCUGGUGCCAAACUCUUUUACCUUUCUGGUAUAAUUCACGGGGAGUAUUUAAGAAAUGAAAUAAAGAAUCUGUCAAGAUUCAUCUCAGUGAUGAAAUUCAGGCCGUUGAGUUGGCGUAUGACACACGCUUACAUGCUAGCUGAUCGGUUGGAGGACAUCACCAACCAGGAAAAUAUAAGAAAGGAUCCUAAGACAAGCAGGGAUGUAGUGUUGUAUGGAUAUGUCAGAGGGGUACCUUUGAUGAAAGAUUCUGUAGUACAUAUUGCAGGUGUUGGUGACAUGAAAAUUAGUGACUUAUCAUAUCUUCCAGACCCUUGUCCACUACCAAGCAGUGAAAAGAAAAGGCAUUUAAUGGAGAGAGAAAGGCAGAUAUAUGCCCCUUUCUCAGGUGUUGGAGGUAUUGUUUAUGAUAAAGAUGCUGUUUAUAUUGAGCUUAAGGGAUCUCAUUCUCACAAAGUUGAAGAUGAAGAGACAAAUGAGAAGAAAGCUUUGCUGAAAAAUGUGGUUGAAACCAAGGAAACGCUUGAUGAACAAAUGCAAGAAACUGGGUUCAAACUAUUUAGUGGUGGUGCUGUUAUUUACCCAGAUAUGUUAAAGAACGAUGAGUACUUACAGCACAGUGCAAAUAGUGAAAGAACCAAAAGUUCCGAUGAAUCAAACUCUGAAGCUGAAAGUGAUUCUGACAAUGAUAGUGGUAUAGACCAAAGUGAAAAGGAUUCAGAUGCAAAAUUACCAUGGACUAAUAAUUCUGAGUCUGAAGAAGAGAAUGAUGAUAUGGAUACAGAAGAUAAAUUUACAAAGAAUAAAUCUAAAACAGAUGCUGAUCAUAGUUCAAGUUCAGAUGAUGAUGAAGAAGAUUUUAACAUAAAAUGGAAAGAAAAGUUAACUGAAAAGGCAACUAUGGCAUACUUUGAACGCCAGCGAACUACUAAAAAUAUAAUGAAAUUGGUUUAUAAUGAAUUUGAAAUAGGAAAUAAAACCAAGGAACAAGAGGAAAGUGGUGGUGAGAGUGACGCGGAAGAGAUUGGUGGAAUCUUUAAAAAGGUUACAAUCACUCAGAAGAAAAAACAUAAGGAAAAAGAACAAUUAGAUCUUGAUGAAUGUUCUUUUUUCUAUUCCUUAGAUAAACCCAAGUUGAGAGAUUGGCUCAAUGAAGCAAAUAAACAAUUGAUUAUAAAUAGUUUUGUUACUGGCAAGAGAUCUGCUGAUGAGGAUGCUGCGGAGCUUCUUAAGUUGGAUGAUGCGAGUGACGGUGAUGAUGAAAUGUAUGGUGACUUUGAAGAUUUAGAAACAGGUGAAAAACAUGCUAGUGACCAAAAAACAGACGAAAAUAAAGAGGAAGUAGGUUCUAAACGAAAACCUGAGUCAACAAAAUCAGAAAUUCUAAACAAGAAAUUAAGAUUGAAAGCGAAAUUUGAUGCAGAAUAUGAUAACCCAGAUGAUCAUAGAAUUAAAGGUGACCAUUCUUAUUACGAAAAUUUGAAAGCAGAGGCUUUGAAACAGUCUGAAUUGAAUAAAUCUGUAUUUGAAAGCUUAGAUGAGGGUUUAAGAAUUGAAGUUGAAGGAUUUAGACCAGGCUUGUAUGUCCGUAUGCUAUUUAAAAAUAUGCCUUCAGAAUUCGUGACGAAUUUUGACUCGAGUUAUCCUUUGCUGAUAGGUGCACUGAAUAUGGCUGAGCAGAAUAUAGGCUUUGUUUCAUGUAAAGUUAAAAAACAUAGGUGGUACAAAAAGAUAUUAAAGACAAAUGAUCCAUUGAUAAUAUCACUGGGUUGGCGACGUUUCCAAACAUUACCGAUCUAUUCAAAAAUAGAAGAUGAUCUUAAAUGUAGGUAUUUAAAAUAUACUCCUCAGCAUGUCACAUGUAACAUGCACUUUUACGGGCCGAUAACACCUCAAAACACAGGUUUCUUAGCGCUACAGACUGUCAAUAAUAACUCAAAUGAAAUCAAGAAAUUAGGUUUCAGAGUUGCAGCAACAGGUAGUGUAAAUGAAAUCAAUAAAUCUACACAAAUAAUGAAAAAGUUGAAACUAGUUGGUACUCCAUUAAAGAUUUAUAAGAAAACUGCUUUUAUCAAAGACAUGUUUACCAGUACUUUGGAGGUAGCUAAAUUUGAAGGUGCUAGAGUGAAAACUGUAUCAGGUAUAAGAGGACAGAUUAAGAAAGCUUUAAACAAGCCUGAAGGUGCAUUCAGGGCGACAUUUGAAGAUAAGAUUUUAAUGAGUGAUAUAGUUUUUUGUCGAACAUGGUUUAAGGUUGACGUAACUAGAUUUUAUGCACCAGUUGUUAACCUCUUACUUCCAAUAGGAAACAAAAACGCUUGGGAAGGAAUGAAGACCAAAGGUCAAUUGAAACGAGAACGGAAUAUUAUUCAUGACGCCAACUUAGAUUCAAUGUACACAGAUAUUGUAAGACAACCUAAAGUAUUUAAGCCAUUAGUAAUCCCUAAAGAGUUACAAAAAGGUUUGCCUUACAAAUUGAAACCCAAAGCGAAAACAACAACACUAACAAAGAAUAGAAAACCGACAAUAUUAACAAACAGAAUAGCAGUUGUUAAAAGUCCGCAUGAACAAAACGUUUCGAAUGUUAUGAAAAUGUUAAAAACUAAUUUCGAAAAGAAAAUGGAGGUGCAGAAGGGAAUGACGUCUGAGAGGAUUAAGAAGCAUAAAAAGCAGCAGGAAGCUGAAGAGUGGCAGAAAAUAAAGAGACAGAAAGAAUUAAAGAAGAAAAUUUGUAGGCAUCUAAGUAAAAUGUCGAAUAAGAAACAAAAGCAAAUGUAAUGGUACUGUCUCUGGGAAAUAAAGAAUUGAUAGUU